CGCCGCCCUGUUCCCGGGGCCGGGCUCGCGCGCCAAACCCCCGCGCUCGCGCCUGCCCGCCUGCCCGCCCGCCUGUCGGUCGGUUUGUGCCCAGCGGCGGGUGUCGGCCGUUUCUCCCCGCACCGCUCCCCUGCGGACACCGCCACCAUGCCCGGCAGGACCCGGAAAUCCUCUUCUUGCCCCCUGCCCGACGACGUCAAGAAGCGGCUUCAAGACCUUGAGGAUAAAGUUGGCCUCACAGAGAAGGAAUGUGUGAAAGAAAAGCUGAGUUUGCUGCAUGGUUUCUUACAAUCAGGUGCACAAAAUGACCUCAGUGAGCUGGAAACAAAAUUUCAAAAAGAAGAACUGUCUGAAGAGGGUUAUCUAGCCAAAGUGAAAGCAUUGCUCAGCCAAGAGCUUUCAAUGGGGAAUGGAGAUUCCGAGCUUGGUAUUAAUUCAAAUGGUUGCACAGAAAAUGGAGCCAAGGACAGUGAUAACGGUGCUGCUGAUGAGCCAAAUGGCCAAGAGGAGAGCAAUAUGGAAACAGAUGCAGUGGUUUUUCCUGCAGCAAAGGGUCGUGGAAAGCGACUGAGUAAAUCCAAUGGAGACAGCAAACGAUUAUCAGGAAGUCCAAGGAUCACCAGGAACUCAGCAAAGCAACAAGCUACGAUUAUAUCCAUGUUUGCUAAAGUAGCAAACAAACGCAAAUCAGAGGACCUAAAUGAAGUAGAAUCAAAAAGUACUGCUGCAGACGAAUGUGAUAAUGAGCAGGAGCAAGAGGAAAAGAAAGUAAAAGUUGAAUCAGAACAAAUGCUAUUUAGUGGGAUUGAGGCUACCUCUGACUGCAAACCCAAAAGCGAACAAACUCCCAAGACACCACCUCCCAAGUGCACAGAUUGCAAGCAGCUCUUGGAUGAUGCAGAUCUUAAAUACUUCCAGGGGGAUCCUGAUGAUGCUUUGGAAGAACCCGAGAUGUUGACUAAUGAGCGUUUGUCACUGUUUGAAGGAACAAACGAUGAAGGUUUUGAAAGUUAUGAUGACUUGCCUCAACAUAAAGUUACUUUCUUCAGUAUUUAUGAUCGGAAAGGCCACUUGUGUCCUUUUGAUACUGGCUUGAUCGAAAAGAAUGUGGAGUUGUACUUCAGUGGUGUUGUAAAGCCAAUCUAUGAUGAUAACCCUAGCCUGGAUGGUGGAGUCAGAGCAAAAAAACUAGGACCAAUAAACGCCUGGUGGAUAACGGGUUUUGAUGGUGGAGAAAAGGCUUUGAUUGGGUUUACAACAGCAUUUGCUGAUUAUAUAUUAAUGGAUCCCAGUGAUGAAUAUGCAACCAUCUUUGCUGUGAUGCAAGAGAAAAUCCACAUAAGUAAAAUAGUUAUAGAGUUUCUACAGAAUAAUCCUGAUUCCACUUAUGAAGACCUGCUAAACAAGAUAGAAACUACAGUGCCUCCUGCUGGACUGAAUUUCUCCCGCUUCACCGAGGAUUCACUGCUGAGACACGCUCAGUUUGUUGUGGAACAAGUGGAGAGCUAUGAUGAGGCUGGUGAUGAUGACGAACAGCCAAUUAUUAUAACUCCUUGUAUGAGAGAUCUGAUCAAGCUGGCUGGUGUCACUCUUGGAAAAAGACGAGCAGCAAGACGACAAGCUAUACGUCACCCUACCAAGAUCGAUAAGGACAAGGGGCCCACAAAAGCCACUACCACCAAACUGGUAUAUCAGAUAUUUGAUACCUUCUUCUCUGAAGAAAUUGAACAGAAUGACAAAGAUACUGUUUCAAAGCGCAGGCGCUGUGGAGUGUGUGAGGUUUGUCAACAGCCUGACUGUGGGAAGUGCAAAGCUUGUAAGGAUAUGGUGAAGUUUGGGGGCUCGGGUCGUAACAAACAAGCCUGCUUACAAAGAAGGUGUCCAAAUCUGGCUGUGAAGGAGGCUGAUGAAGAUGAUGAGAAUGAUGAGGAUGAUUCUGAGAUCAUUGACAAAGCUUCUCCUAAAAGAAUGUUGCAGGGUAGAAAAAAGAAACAGUCAAAAAGCCGCAUCUCUUGGAUUGGAGAGCCAAUCAAGUCUGAUGGAAGGAAAACCUAUUACCAGAAAGUGUCUGUUGACGAUGAAACUCUGACAAUCAAUGACUGUGUGGCAGUCAGCCCAGAUGACCCCACCAAGCCCCUUUACUUAGCAAGAAUUACAUCAAUGUGGGAAGAUGUUGGUGGGAAGAUGUUCCAUGCAAAUUGGUUUUGCCGUGGCACAGAUACGGUGCUAGGUGAGACCUCAGAUCCACUUGAGCUCUUUCUAGUGGAUGAGUGUGAAGACAUGCAGUUAUCUUACGUAGACAGCAAAGUUAAAGUUAUCCACAAGGCUGCCUCAGAAAACUGGGCAUUGGAGAGUGGAAUAGAUAAUGAUUUUGAGCUGAAAAUGGUUGAAGAUGAUGGAAAGACCUACUUCUACCAGAUGUGGUAUGAUCCAGAGUAUUCACGAUUCCAAAUUCCUCCUGGCUUUGAAUCAACAGAGGAGAAUAAGUACAAAUUCUGUGACAGCUGUGCUCGGUUAGCUGAAAUCAGACAGCGAGAAAUGCCACGGGUGCUGGAACCACUAGAGGUAAAGGAUGAUUCAAAGGUUUUCUACUCAUUGGCUUCUAAGAAUGGAACGCAAUAUAAAGUUGGAGAUGGUGUUUACCUUCUACAAGAUGCAUUCUCAUUCAGUGUUAAACCAUCCAGUCCUGGCAAGCGACCAAUAAAAAAAGAUGAUGUGGAUGAGGACCUUUACCCUGAGUACUAUCGCAAGUCAUCUGAUUAUAUCAAAGGCAGCAACCUUGAUAUUCCUGAACCAUUCCGGAUCGGCCGAAUUCAAGAAAUCUUCUGUCUCAAGCGUAGCAACGGAAAACCCAAUGAAGCAGAUAUUAAGCUUCGAAUCAAUAAAUUCUACAGAGCUGAGAACACGCACAAGGGCCUUAAAGCUAGUUACCACACUGAUAUCAACCUCUUAUACUGGAGUGAUGAACAAGUUACUGUGGACUUCAAAGAUAUCCAAGGACGCUGUACUGUAGAAUAUGGAGAAGAUCUCUCUAUGUCCAUUCAGGAAUACUGUGCUGGAGGCCCAGACAGAUUCUAUUUCUUAGAAGCCUACAAUGCAAAGACGAAAUCCUUUGAAGACCCCCCAAACCAUGCCCGCAGCUCAGCCAACAAAGGCAAGGGUAAAGGGAAAGGCAAAGGCAAAGGAAAGGCAAAAUCUACAACAGAAUCUGAACACACAGAACCAGAAGUAAUCGACAACAAAUUUGAGAAACUUCGCAGCCUUGAUGUUUUCUCAGGCUGUGGUGGGCUGUCAGAAGGAUUUCAUCAGGCAGGUCUGUCAGAAACCCUUUGGGCCAUUGAGAUGUGGGAUCCAGCAGCCCAAGCCUUCCGCUUGAACAAUCCUGGUGCAACCGUCUUCACGGAGGACUGCAACGUUCUCUUGAAACUUGUCAUGGCUGGGGAGAAGACCAACUCACUGGGACAGAAACUGCCACAAAAGGGCGAUGUGGAAUUGCUUUGUGGUGGCCCUCCAUGCCAGGGCUUUAGUGGAAUGAAUCGCUUCAAUUCCCGCACAUACUCUAAAUUCAAGAAUUCCCUCGUAGUCUCUUAUCUCAGCUAUUGUGACUAUUACCGGCCCAGGUUUUUCCUCCUAGAAAAUGUGAGGAACUUUGUAUCGUUCAAGCGCUCCAUGGUUUUGAAGCUAACUCUACGAUGUCUUGUGCGAAUGGGCUACCAGUGCACAUUUGGUGUGCUGCAGGCUGGUCAGUAUGGAGUUGCCCAGACUCGCCGGAGAGCUAUUGUUCUGGCCGCUGCCCCUGGAGAAAAGCUGCCACUCUUCCCAGAACCUUUGCAUGUAUUUGCUCCAAGAGCCUGCCAGCUCAGUGUUGCAGUGGAUGAUAAGAAGUUUGUCAGCAACAUUACCAGGACAAAGUCUGCUCCAUACAGAACCAUCACUGUAAGAGAUACCAUGUCUGAUCUGCCUGAAAUUCGCAAUGGGGCAUCAGCGUUGGAAAUCUCGUACAAUGGAGAACCACAGUCCUGGUUUCAGCGGCAGAUUCGGGGCACACAAUACCAGCCCAUUCUGCGGGACCAUAUCUGUAAGGAUAUGAGUGCCUUGGUUGCAGGCAGAAUGCGUCACAUUCCCCUUGCCCCAGGGUCUGACUGGCGUGAUCUUCCAAAUAUUGAGGUACGACUCUCUGAUGGCACCAUGACGAAAAAGCUGAGGUACACUCAUCGUGACAAAAAGAACGGACAUAGCAGCACAGGUGCUGUACGUGGAGUUUGCUCUUGUGCAGAAGGUAAGCAAUGUGAUCCAGCUGACAGACAGUUCAACACACUCAUUCCAUGGUGUUUGCCCCACACUGGGAACAGGCAUAAUCACUGGGCUGGCCUGUACGGUCGGCUGGAAUGGGAUGGAUUUUUCAGCACAACGGUCACUAAUCCUGAGCCGAUGGGGAAACAGGGUCGUGUUCUGCAUCCUGAGCAGCACCGUGUGGUGAGUGUGCGAGAGUGUGCACGUUCCCAGGGAUUCCCAGAUACGUACAGGCUUUUUGGGAACGUCUUAGACAAACACAGACAGGUGCGUGUUGCUGUUUCUUUCAUUCAUUCUGUCUGUUUGAAAAAGACCAUAAGACAUAGGAGCAGAAUUAGGCCAUCUGGCUCAUCGAGUCUGCUCCGCCAUUCAAUCAUGGCUGAUCCUUUUUUUCUAUCUCCUCAACCUCAGUUCCCGGCCUUCUCCCUGUAAUCUUUGACGCCAUGACCAAUCAAGAACCUUUUAAUUUCUGCCUUAAACACACCCAGCAACUUGGCCUCCACGGUUGCACGUGGCAACAAAUUCCACAAAUUCACCACCCUUUGGCUAAAGGAAUUUCUCCACGUUUUGAAAGGGCGUCCCUCUAGUCCUAGACUCUCCCACCAUAGGGAACAUCCUUUCCACAUCUACUCUGUCUGGUCCUUUCAACAUUCGAAAGAUUUCAAUGAGAUUCUUCCCCCACCCCCACCAGUGCCUUAUAAAAGCCUCAGCAUCACAUUCUUGCUCUUGUAUUCUAGACCUCGAAAUGAAUGAUAACACGGUAUUUGCCUUCCUCACCACUGACCUAACCUGCAAGUUAACCUUCAGAGUGUUCUGCACAAGGAUUCCCAAGUCCUCUGCAUCUCAGAUUCCUGGAUUUUCUCCCCGUUUACAAAAUUGUCCACUCAUUUAUUUCUAGUACCAAAGUGCAUGACCAUGCAUUUUCCAACAUUUCAUUUGCCUCUUUCUUGCCCAUUCUCCUGAUCUGUCUUAAGUCCUUCUGCAUCCUACCUGUUCCCGCACACUACCUGCCCCCCCCCCCCCCACCAAUCUUCGUAUCAUCUUCAAACCUGGUAACAAAGCCAUCUAUUUCAUCAUCUAAAAUCAUUUGUAUACAACAUAAAAACUGGUCCUAACACCAACCUCUGUGGAACACCUCUAGUCACGGGCAGCCAAUCAGAAAGGGAAACUUUUAUUCCCACUCGCUGCCUCCUACCAAUCAGCCAGUGCUCUAACCAUGCCAGUAACUUUCGUGUAAUACCAUGGGCCUUUGGUAAGCAGCCUUGUGUGUGGCACCUUGUCAAAGGCCUUCUCAAAGUACAAAUAUACAACAUCCAUUGCUGCUCCUUUAUCUAUCCUACUCAUAAUCUCCUCAAAGAAUCUUAUUAAGUUUGUCAGGCAGGAUUUUCCCUUAAGGCACCAUGCUGACUUUGUCCUAUUUUGUCCUGUGUCACUAAUACUCCAUCACUUCAUCCUUAACAAUCGACUCUAACACCUUCCCAACCACUGAGGUCAGGCUAACUGGUUUACAAUUUCCUUCUUGUUGUUUUCCUCCUUUUAUGUCCAGAUAAUUUAUGUACCUUUAGGUCUUUCAGUUUUUUGAGCACCUUCCCUCUUGUAACAGUAACUGCACCCACUUGUCUUCCUUCACACACUACAAUAUCAGGCAUACUGCUAGUGUCUUCCACAGUGAAGCCUGACAAAAAAAUACUCAUUUAGUUCAGCAGCCACCUCCUUGUCCCCAUUAUUAUUUCUCCUGGCUCAUUUUCUAAUGGUCCUAUAUCCACUUUGCUAUUAUUUUGCUAGCUUGCUUUUUAUAUUUCAUCUUUUCCCUUCUAAUGACUUUUUUUAAGUUGCUGUCUGUAGGUUUUUAAAAACUUCCCAAUCCUCUAUCUUCCCACUAAUUUUUGCUUUGUUGUAUGCCCUUUCUUUUGCUUUUACAAUAGCUUUGACUUUGCUCGUUAGCCACAGUUAUACUGUUUUACCAUCUGAGUAUUUCAUUUUUGGAAUACACAUGCCCUGCACCUUCCUCAUUUUUCCCAGAAAUGCAUGCCAUUGCUGCUCUGCUGACAUCCCUGCCAGCAGCUCCUUCCAAUUUACUUUGGCCAAAUCCUCUCUCAAACCACUGGAAUUACCCUUUCUCCAUUGAAAUAUUGCUACAUCAGACUUUACUUUCUCCCUAUCAAAUUUAAUGUUCAACACAAUCAUAUUGUGAUCAUUGGUUCCUAAGGGUUCUUUUAUCUUAAGUUCCCUGAUGGCCUCCAGUUCAUUACAUAACACCCAAUCCAGUAUAGCUGAUCCCCUAGUAGGUUCAUCUCUUAAGCAUUCAACAAACUCACUCUUGCGAUCCAUUACCAACGUGAUUUUCCAAAUCGGCCUGCAUUUUAAAAUCUCCCAUGACAUUGCCCUUUUGAGUCACCUUUGGUUCCAAAAGGUGGAUGUGUUAAAUAACCAUGACAUUCUUCGCCUGGCAAAUCUGUUGAAAUACUGUUUACUUAAGAGUCUUGUUUUACUGACACCUCUUUCAGAAAUUUCCUCACCAAGGUCCAAAUAAUUUACUGCUUUUAAUA